AUGCGAUCUCCCGUCCUUCUUUCCUCACUAUUACUCGCGGCACCGCUGGCAGUGUCCGCAGCAGGCACUUUAGGGUUUGCCGUAGGCAACACAAACCCGGAUGGAUCGUGCAAGAAACAAAGCGAUUUCGAGGACGACUUCAAUGCCAUCAAGUCCAACAGCGAUGCCACCAUUGUCCGAACCUAUUCCUCCUCCGACCAGUACGCGAAUCCAUGCAACACCCCAUCGGAGGUGCUGCCAGCAGCAAAAGCCGCCGGAAUUCAGGUCGUGCUAGGCAUGUGGCCUGAUGGAGGUGCCUAUGACAAAGAGAAGGCGGCAAUCGACGCUGCCGACCCAACACAAUACGGAGACACCCUCUACGCCAUCACUGUCGGCUCGGAGGGAAUCUAUCGUGGCACAUACAGCGCCGAUGAUCUUGUGGGCUGGCUCAAUGACAUGAAGAGCGCUUACCCGGACGUCACCAUCGGGACUGCCGACAGUUGGAACGGCUGGGCCAAUGGCUCCAUGGACUCCAUCAUCCAGAACGUCGACUUGGUUCUCGCCAAUGGCUUCGCGUACUGGCAAUACCAAGAAAUCUCCAAUGCUACCAAGACAUAUUUUGACGACAUGGCUCAAGCUCUUGGUCACGUCCAAGAAGUCACAGGUAGUCUUGACAAGGUCAAAUUCAUGAAUGGCGAGACCGGCUGGCCUGGGACCGGUGGCACCGAUGCCGGUGCGGCCAAAGCAGGUGACGACAACAUGAAGACGUACUGGCAAUCUGCCGUCUGUGGCCUUCUCGAUUGGGGAGUUGACCUAUUCUGGUUCGAGGCAUUCGACGAGCCAGACAAGCCAGAUGCCAUUGGAGACAACGGCCAGAAGGCCAGCGAAAAGUACUGGGGUUCAUUCACCUCGGACCGAAAACCCAAGUUCGAUAUGCACUGCUAG